AUGACUUCCUUCGAAAACCAAGCUGCAUUGCAAAUAGAAGCCAAGGCCCGGCCUUUCAAGGUCGGGCCUGGGCCCGUUCCCAACCCCUCGGAAGAUGAAGUCGUCAUCAAGGUAGCAUAUGUUGCUAUCAACCCGGUGGAUCAUAUAGUCCAAGCUACCCCUAUCUUUGAAUACCCAUAUCCUUAUGUCUUGGGGACCGAUGUUGCAGGAACCGUUGCUCAGCUGGGCUCUAACGUGACCAGAUUCAAGUUGGGACAAAGAGUGAUUGGCCACUGCGAUGGGCUACUCACCAAAAAACCGACAAACAAUGCGUUCCAGGCCUACAGCACCUGUCGGGAGGUUUUGAUGGCCGAAGUCCCCGAUUCGCUUCCUCUGGCGAACGCUGCCGUUCUGCCCCUCGGAUUCUCCACAGCUGCAAGUGGACUCUACAUUAACUUGAAGCUUCCAUUGCCCUCGUUGGAUCCCAAGCCGACUGGGAAGAAGAUUCUCAUUUGGGGCGGUAGCUCUUCCGUUGGAAGCUCUACUAUUCAGCUCGCAGUCGCAUCUGGCUUGGAAGUCCUGACGACUGCAAGCCCUGCAAACCACGAAUAUGCUAAAUGUAACGACAUCUUCGCCCAUAUCGGUGGUCGGGGUUCUCUGCCUCUCGUCCUGCCACCGCAAGGCACCUUUGCUGAAAAUGUGGUGCCAGAAUAUGUCAAUGGCUUGGCCCCUGGUAUGACCCACCCAGAGAUUGGUGACGGGACUUGGCGUAAGUUCCUCGGCCAAGCUCUCGCUGCAGGGAAGUUCCAGGCAAAGCCUGAUCCGAAAGUCAUUACUGGCGGUCUGGAGAAGAUCCAGGAGGGUGUGGAUCUCCUGAAGAAGGGUGUCUCAGCCACGAAGAUUGUCGUUGAGAUCUCGAAGGAAUGA